AUGGCCAACAUCACCGUAGACUCAGCAGUCUCUCAAGACGACCUAGUCAUACCCGUCUGUAUACGCCUCUCCGCCAUAAAGUCCCACCUCUUGCUAACCAACACCAAGCUCAUCGACUUCUCCGCCUUCCUCUCCGGCGACCCCAGCGCAAAGAAACAAACCGCCGACGCUGUCCUCAACGGCUUUCAAAACGCAGGCUUCAUCUACCUCAAAAACCACGGCAUCCCCCCUUCCACCGUCUCCACCGUCUUCUCCCACUCGGCCAAAUUCUUCGCGCGCUCCCAGGCGCAAAAAGAUGCGCUAGCAUGGUACUCGGCCGCCGCGAAUCGCGGCUACGUCACCCAAGGGCGCGAAAAACUCGUGGUCCUCGAGCAAACAGGGACAGAGGCCGAGAUGCGCAAGAUUGUACCCGAUUUGAAGGAGAGCAUGGAAAUUGGGCGCGACGAUGAGCCGGAGAUGCCAAAUAAGUGGCCGAGUGGGGAUGAGGAGGCGGUCGAGUUUAAGAAGCAAAUGAUGGGGUUUUUCGAGACGUGCAAGGGGCUGCAUGUGCAGGUUAUGCGCGCCAUUGCGCUGGGCAUGGGUAUUGAGGAGAAUUGGUUCGAUGGGUAUACGGACGCCGGGGAUAACACGUUGAGAUUGCUGCAUUACCCAGGAGUAUCAAAGUCGAUCUUCAAACGGGACGACGGACAAUUGCAAGUCAGGGCAGGGGAACACAGCGACUAUGGUUCCAUAACCCUCCUCUUCCAAGACACCCGCGGCGGCCUCCAAGUCCGCUCCCCAAAAGGCACCUUCGUAAACGCGACCCCCAUCGCCAACACCAUCGUCGUCAACGCCGGCGACCUGCUUGCCCGCUGGUCAAACGACACCAUCAAAUCCACACUCCACCGCGUUGUCGAGCCGCCCGUGCAGCCAGAGGAUGCAGAACGCGACGCCUACCCAGCCCGCUACUCAAUUGCCUACUUUUGCAACCCGAAUUUCGACCGUGUGAUUCGCACGCUGCCGGGUACGUAUGGGGCCGAGGGCAGCAAGUAUGAGGAUGUGGGGAGUCGCGAGUAUGUUAUGGGCAGGUUGACGGCUACGUAUUAG